GGGAAGAGCGGGGCAGCGCCGGCACCCUGCGAGGCCCGGGACGGUGAGGAACAGGCUGCAGGAUCAGCGAUGGAUGCCAUUCUUCCCUACAAAGAAGUCUUCCAGAUGUAUUGGGAGAAAACAACGAGCUUUGUGAAUGCCUGCUGUGAUGGGCUGGAACCCUGGCAGCUUGUUGGCUUGACGUUUUCUUCAACACUUCUAAGUGUGUGGCUGCAUGGCUUCCUCUUCCAGUCUGAGAGUUUAACAUCUCGCAUUAAAAAACAGUUCUUUAAACUACUGAGAAAGAUGCCAUUUGUUGGGGCUAUAAUUCAAAAGAAGAUUGAUGAAGCCUUGAAUGAUGUCACUUCCAGUUUAUCCUUCCUGAAAGAUGAGAAGGAUUAUAUCAAAGCACUCCCAGAACAAGGCAUGAGCCAGCCUGAAGUCCUAGAGAAGAUGAAAGAGUACAGCUCAAAAGGAGAUGUACGUUGGCAGGAUGGGAAAGUCUCUGGGACUGUGUACAGUGGAGAAGAGAACCUCACCCGUCUGCUAGUGAAGGUGUAUGAAGAGUUUGCCUGGAGUAAUCCUCUCCAUCCGGAUAUAUUCCCUGGUUUGAGGAAAAUGGAAGCAGAAGUAGUGAGGAUUGCCUGUACACUUUUCAACGGGGGCCCCAACUCUUGUGGUGCUAUGACAUCUGGGGGGACUGAGAGCAUUCUGAUGGCCUGCAAGGCGUACCGAGACCUGGCUUACGAAAGAGGCAUCAAACAGCCAGAAAUGCUGGUCCCGGUGAGUGCUCAUGCAGCAUUUGACAAGGCAGCACACUACUUUGGACUGAAGUUGAUUCACAUACCAUUAACCAAGGCUAUGGAAGUGGAUGUUCAGGCAAUGAAGAGAGCUAUCUCGAAGAACACAGCUAUGCUGGUCUGUUCUGCUCCUCAGUUUCCCCAUGGAAUUAUGGACCCAAUUGAAGAGGUGGCAGAGCUUGCUGUGAAGUACAAAAUCCCCUUCCACGUCGAUGCCUGCCUGGGUGGUUUUCUUAUUGCUUUCAUGGACAAGGCAGGGUUCCCUCUAAAGCGUCCGUUUGAUUUCCGUGUCAAAGGUGUCACCAGCAUUUCUGCUGAUACCCACAAGUAUGGCUAUGCUCCCAAGGGUUCCUCAGUGGUGCUGUACAGCGACAAGAAGUACAGGAGCUACCAGUUCUUUAUAGCACCCGACUGGCAAGGGGGCAUAUAUGCCUCCCCCUCCGUGGCGGGCUCCAGGCCUGGUGGAAUCAUAGCUGCAUGCUGGGCAACUCUGCUGCACAUAGGAGAAUCAGGCUACGUUGAGGCUACGAAGAGGAUCAUUAAAACGGCUCGUUUCCUCGAAUCAGAGUUGAGAAAAAUAGACAGUAUCUUCAUCUUUGGGAAACCUGAGGUUUCUGUCAUCUCCAUCGGUUCACACACUUUUGACAUUUAUCGAUUAUCUAAUUUAUUGGCUGCAAAAGGAUGGAACUUAAAUGUCCUACAGUUCCCAUCCAGCAUCCAUCUCUGCAUUACACAAUUGCACACCAAGUCCGGUGUCGCUGAACAGUUCCUGAAGGAUGUCAAAGACAGCAUUGAGGAGAUCAAGAAAGACCUCAAUGCCAAGACCACAGGCAUGGGAGCCAUCUAUGGAAUGGCCCAGUCCGUCCCGGACAGGAGCUUGAUAGCAGAGAUUUCUCAGGCGUACUUGGACGGCCUCUACAGCACGGAUGUUCCUUGCGGUGAAAAGCACAUGAAUGGCUCUCCUGGCCACCACUGACUGUAUUGCAACAAUCGGUGCCUUGCCAGCUAGCACUGGGGUGGUUCAAAGGUUUCCUAGGGGAAGAGAUUGCAGUAAGCCUUUGUUUUUACAACUACAGGUCUGAUGAAGGCUUGAUCUUGAAAACCUCCUUCCCUCUCUUAGUAUGUUCUGAAAUCUUGCAUUAUUUUCAUGCCCAACUCAGUUUUAGGGCUUUUCUUCUCUUCCAUCUGCCUAUUUUCAUCAUGACUAUUGAUGGUGAAUUGAAUGUUCAUUCCACAAUUCUGAAUUCCUCAGGUAUUCUGCCUGUCACUUCAUUCCUUGCUGUUUCUUCUCCUCAGACCUGAUAUUUGGCCAGUGUCCAGCCAAGUGUUAGAUUUGAGUUCUCGUGUUGUGUUCCAAAGCGUCAAUCUUCCCAGAAGUUGAAGGUAGAAAAUAAAUUGAAAAUGUUGUUUUGAGUAUUCCUCCAAGCUACUGCAUUUAACAGACUGUGCUGGGAACCUUGUAUCUGUGUAAUGCAGAGCCGAUAAACUGGCAAGGAAAGAUGGUCAUGUACUGUUUUUGAAAUCCCCUCUGGAGAUCUCAGUGAGACUGAAAUCAAUAUCUGCUGAGGGGAAAAAAACCCCACCCACCCAAACAAAAAAGCCAACACAAAAUCCUUUUCUGGAAUCUCGUUUUGAAUAACAGCAGAAAUAGAAGCCAAGCAGGUGGUAUAGGGAGAGGAACUGGAUGGUACUGAAAAUCCUAGGUACGUGGUAACUGUUUUGCUUCCCUGCCUCUUCUAGAAGAUAGGCGUUUACCACCUAGAGUGCUUUUGUACCUUGCACAAUUCUAGAGGGAUGUGCAAAACGGUGAUCUCAGUGUUUGUAACUUGAAGGUUUUGCACUAUCUCACAAUGCUGUAGUAGAGUCAGUCAGGCCCUGGCGUCUGUCAUGGCCAGGGAAUUCAUCUGCAAACGAUGGCGCCAAAGCUGACCUUUUUUUACCGUGAUCUUUCAGGAUAAAAAGGUGACUUUUGUAAUAGUAGUAAUCUCUGCUCUUUGCACUGAUUCUUUUAAGGCACAUUCUCAAAAGGGCAUUUACCAUUGUGCCUUGAUGCUUCUCUGGCUUUUUUUGUGUGAUGCCAGGGAGGAUUUGAGGAACCUUUGCUGCGGCUGUUUCUUUAUGGUACUAUACUGAAUAAAAAAACCUCAAAGGCAGAAUGGCCUCAGAAAGUACCCUUGCCUGUAAGGUAGAAUAGUAGUUGUAUUGAGCCAAGUCCCUUCACAGUAUUACAAAGAUGCUGGUAUAGCUCUGAGAGGUAGAUGAUAGGAUGCAGCAAGCUGGAGUUAUUCGAGCCUUAGGCAUAUGGCUCACUCCUGCUAUUUUUCUCUGCUGUUGUUACGGUGAGAGAGUUUUCCCAGUGCAACUUGUGAGGUGGUUGUGGCCUUAAGGACAAGCUAGAACCUCUUGAGUUAUUAAACAGCAGUGGAGUUACUCCUGUAGGGCUUUCCUAUGUGUUUCCUCUCAGCUCUUUGCAUGCUAUCGAGAGUUUCCCAGGCAGAGUUCAACACUAGGGAGAAGACUUGAUAUCAUUUCUGCAGAGCCUUGUGCAGGGAAUAUGAAAGCAUCUGUCUCUCUGCUGUAAUGGGCUUGUUAGCCCGAAGCUGACCCUCACUGGCUUUUAAUGCAGCUGAAGCACACACUUGCACAAUUAUACUGAAUGAGAAGGUUACUUACCAGCCACUGCACAAACCCGUGCAGCCUUGAGCCUAGUAAUUGUGGGAAGAAUACUUGCUUUUUAACAGGUUUAUCUCAGUGCUGGGAGACAAAAGUAUUUUGGCCAUCUGUCCUUAAAUUUAUGACUUUAUGCAUAUCUCUGAGCCCUUUGGAAAACAUUGUGUUUGAAUUGCCUGAUAGUCUCUUGAUGAUGUUACCAGCUCUGGCAGUCAGCUUUUAUGUUGGACCUAUUUAUUCUGUUAAUGUCUUGCCAAUGUGACCAUUGCUGCAUCUCUGAGUGUGCUGUACUUCAGAGACAGUCUUAAGUGUCUGGCUACUGUGAUGGUUCGCUUUUAAACCAAGAUUUAAAAACAAAACAAAAAAAGGGAGGUACUCUUUUUUUCUGCUUGAAAAGAAAGGGGGAUAGAUUGGGGCGGGUUUAAGGAGAGAAAAACUCUCUCUUCUUCCUUGGUUACAUUCUCCUCUGAGGAAGCAGAUGGAUCUAAGAGAUCAGUGCUCCAUUUCACGGUUUUGGAUGUAUUUGAAGAUGUUAUUUGUAAGUCAAUGUAUUCCAUUCUGGGGUUCACUUAUUAGUAAUACUUGUGGGUUUAAUUGUUUUAUAUGUAUUUGCUCUAUACUUAUAAAUGUAAUCUUCUGGUCAGGAAUAGGCCACUAAUUUACCACUGUGUAGUCUUUGUCCUUGUCAUCUAACUUGUAAUCUGUAUCUCCUUUAUCAUGCCAAAUGGUUUUAGAAAAAACGGUGAAAUUAACAUACUGUAUAAUUAUUGAAAAGGCAAAAAAAGAAUAAUUUCAUGGACUGGAUUAUGAUCUGGAACUGGAUGGUACUUUAGACCCAGAGGGGUCUUUGUUACUGUUAAUUGCUGUGAGAUUUCUGUCAGGUUUUCUGAGGAAGACAAUAGAUCUGUUGCUUGCCCAAAGCACUCUCAAGGGAUUUGCCUGCUUUUAGGUACUAGACUGAAGAAUAUCCAAUGGGAUGGACCAAGAAGAGAGGUGUGUCUUCAUGCCAUGGAUUUCAUCUGCACUUUUCUGAUGACAUGGGGGAGAGUCGCAUACAAUACAGUAAUAUCUUGUUCAAUAAAUAUAAUAAACAUUGACUUUUUAAUGAAGAAAC